AUGGCACCUUCACCUCCAAGUACACUCCUUUCCUAUUUCAAAGACAGCACAGUUCGUGUAUCGCAGGAGUCAAAUCCUUACCAAAAUCCCAUCUUAGCCCCUUACUAUGCAUCAACCAGCAACCAUCUCUCACCCGAUCUCCUUCCUCAAUACAACACCCACCUUUCGAAGAUGGAGGCGAUGACGCUACAGGCCAGGGAAGAUGUUGCCAGGCUCGAGAUAGAGCUCAACGAAGCACGCCAGCGACUCCGACACACCAUAGACGAAUACGUAUCCUGUCGUUCUCUUGCCGCGCCAAUUCGUCGGCUACCAACAGAACUCCUUUCCUCGAUAUUCGUAGGCGUAGUGCAACGUCCAAAGCCUUUCUCGUCGGAGGAUGUUAGGCGCCUCACGGUUCUCCGAUUGGUUUGCAAGAAAUGGCAGGAGGUCGUGGAUACGACGCACGCGCUUUGGUCGGGGUUGACGUUCGACGUCUAUGUCACUCGGCCACAGGAGAUUAGACAUUACCUCGAACAGUGGUUCGCACGCGCGGGAACCCACCCACUUCACCUCAGCCUGGAUUUGGCACCGGUCAGGGGCGAGGGAGACCUGCACCUACGGGGGUUCUUCUAUCAACCAGGGUACAGAUGGACGUCGCUCAGCUUUUUAGGGGCCCCAUCUAGAUGGAUAAGGUGCCUUUUCCAAACCCUCCACGGAAAGGAAUACUCGCAACUGACGCAAACAGAGGGCUUCGAAUGCUCAUGGAAGAAUCUUGAAGAGCUUGAGGUGAAUUAUAACUGGGAUAACCAUGCGAGUCCUUUUUUGUCAACGCCCAUCUUCCCCCUUUCGCGCCGUUCCCCAAACCUCAAGCGCCUUACAUUUACGAGGGCCACCCAACCGUUCUUCUCCCAUAACACACUGCGCUACCUCUACCUCAGGGACUUCCGUGGCAGUCAACGCGCACUCGUCAAGGCCCUCUCCGUACUCCCUUCCCUGGAAGAGUUCGAGUUGUUCGCUUCGCUAUUUAAAGCUGAGGAUCCCUGGGACGCCGUCGACGAGGAGAACAUGUCCAAAGUCAACGUCUCCACAUUCCACCUGAGCGGAACAAGCCGUCCUCUGGAAGUCUUCGAAGGUCGUUUUCGCUUCCCCAAACUCCAAAUGGUUCGGUUCACCGGCGUUCGUCCCGCGGAGUGGAGCGACGGAAAACUAGCCGGUUUCUUCAACCGCAGUGGUCAAGAGCUUGAAGAAAUAUCAUUCAUCCAAUCCGCAUUUCCCUCAGUGUAUAUCGCAGAGACCCUUUCAGCUCUCCGCUCCAAGGUCAAACGCAUACUCGUGAAAGACUUCGAGUUUAUCGCACAAUUGGCACCCUGGCCCACGUCAAAGUUGCAUGGGUUGGAGGUGCUUGUCGCCGAGACGCCACCUUCGGAAGAGCUUCUGCGGUCUAUGAUCGAAGUCUUCGGGCGGAGGAAGGAGGCGAUUGAGAGGGGAGAAAUAAUCGGGCGUGGUGUCGUGCGGUUGUAUGUUCAGAAAGGGUGGCCAAGCUACAUGAUCACUCAUCGCGAUUAUAUGCAGAAGAUGGAGGAGGUCGGGGUACAGAUGGUCCUCACCCCAUACGAGUAG